AUGAUUUCAAGUAAAUUAAUUAGAAUUUCACCAAUAAUUAAAAACAAUAAUAUUUUGGAGAGAUCCUGUCAUCCAGGAGGAUGGUUCUCUAGAUGCUUUUCUAGAGGUCAUCAAAAUGUUGGACAAGAAGGAUCAGCUUUUUAUUAUGGUAGUUUUAAUAAUAAUGUAGAUCAAACAAAUCCAUCCUCAUCAUCAACAAGAGUUGAAUUAUUCCAUUUGAACAAACACGAAUUCAAGGAUCAUCUAAAGAAUUGGAUUCGUCAAGCAAAGUAUGAUUAUAAAGAUCUUAAUCAUCAUCAUCAUCAUAAUCAUGGUGGCUCGUUCAAUUGGUAUAAUUUCUUAAAUCAAUACCAACAAAAGUUAUCUCAAAACACUGCUUCAGACAAACAAUUUACCAUCCCAAAUAGUAAAAUAUCUGAUUUAUCAACUCACUAUUUGGUAAAGGUUGAAAUUCCAGGUGUCAAAAAGACUGAUAUUAGUUUAAACUUUUCAAAAGAAGGAACCAUUGUAUUGGAAACAAAGAAUAAUAAUAAUAAUUUACAAGAAACUGAUCAAAACAACAGUAAUAAUGAUAAUCAAAAUUAUCGUAAAGAAAUUUGUUUUGAAGAAACAGUAAAUUGUGAAAAGAUUACCGCCAAAUUGGAAGAUGGCAUUCUUUAUAUUACAGUUCCAAAAGAAGUAAAUACAAAUAUUAAUAUUCAAUAA